AUGUCCUCCCCGUCCUCGGAGCUCGAAGACCUUCUGCGUGGGCUAAAUAGUCGGCAGCUUCCUCUGCCACAUCUCCGGAAAUCCUUGCAAGCUGUCGCGAAGGCUGUUAAGAAGGACCCAUCGCUAAUCAAACAACUACAGGAUCAAAAAACCAUCGAGUCAGUAUUGCACUAUAUCGAGAAGCCAAGAGUUGCUGAUCUGGCUCUGAGUGUCUUAGCGAACUGUCUCGUUCAUGAGGGCAUUCGGACGGAUGUAUUGGAAACAAGUUGCGUCCUCAGUCUCGUUCGCAUCGUCACGAAUAUAGUGGACGAUCCAAUCCGGAACCGAGCAUGUCGGGCCUUGGCGAACAUCGCCUUGACGCGACGUGGGGCUCAAGCCGUACACCAGGUUAAGGGGUCCAUACUGGCUGUCGUCGAUUUCCUGAACACUACGAAGUCAAAAGAUUCACAAGCUACGGCUAUGCGUGCGCUCCGCGUACUAGGCGGUACGAGCGCCCACAGAGAAUCGAUACUGGCAGUCGGCGGCGUCUCGGCUCUCGGAAGAUGCCUCCAAACGGUUGCCGAACCUCUUCGAAGACCUUGCGCGGAAGCUCUCCAGCAAUUAACGCGGAGCUGCAGUUUAGCGUGCGCCAAACAGGUGAAAGAUUCUGGCGCAUUCCCGCUAUUGGUCGAGAUGUCUCCAGCAGUGGAGGGCGCUCUAUUCACCAUGCUCAAUAUGGGGCACGUCGAUGAAAUGCUCGCAGACGUGGGGGGCUCAGGAGUGAUUUCGAAGAUCGUUCUGUGUCUCAAUGAUCGGAAACUAGCCCCGCGGAGUAAGUAUGAUGCAGUUUUCAUCACACUCUGUCGAUUGUGCAAGGAUCCGUAUAACCUCAUCCGAGUCCGCGAUUCUGGGGGGUUGCCGAUAUUGGUGAAUAUUCUCCUGGAUGCUGAGAGGAAGAAACUAUGGGUCUAUGCAACCUACACUCUACUACAGUACCAGCAUGAUGAUACAGCGUUGGCAGAGCUUGUCAAACUCAACCUCCUGGAGGUCCUCGUGCGAUACUUAGAUGACUAUGCGGUACAGAACUGUCAGGAACAUCAACUCGAAGAUGUCGAAGAGGAAGGCAAUAAGGAAAAAACGACGAAUGACGGUGGGUUUACUUUGCCCGGCCAAUCGGAUCGCUCUAGCUGCGUGUCCAAUCAGUCGGGAGAGCAUGACGCGCCCUUCAGCCACACGGAUACCGACACAGCAGCAUCAUUGGGGUCCGACCAUGAGGCGACGACCGACGAGCCCCUGUCGAAACGCCCGAAGUUGUUCUGUGUGAACAGUCCAAGUUACCUGGAGAUUAUGCAAGCCAAGAGUCUAGCUUUCAACUAUGAUAUGGGAACCGAGGAAUACGGUGAUUACACAGGCCUGCCUGGCUAUUCCGGAGGUAUGUCGCCGCGUUCAGCCCGAUCUCCCGUGAUGCCCGAUUUCGACAACAGGAGCAAUACUGGCAGUCCGAGUCAAAGCGGAAGUGAAGGCGCAAGUCCAUGCAGAACAGAUGACGAAAACGAGAAUCCAGCUUAUUCUCCUGUGUACGAUAGCAAUCACUGUAGCUCAUCCACCGAGGAUGAAGAGGAGGAGAAAAGCUUCAGCUUUAUACAUUCCCAUCGCAGGUGGGUCAAGUCAAGAAGGAUUCUCUCUCAGACACCGAAUUCUCUGUACUCAGUCUCGGAUUUCUCUCAAAUCCGCAGAUACAACUCCCAAGUUAUUUCUUCCGAAAAGAAGUCAGCGUGGCGAUCCGUAGGUUCAAAAAGGACGGCUUCGAUCGGAGCCAAGUCAGAAACGGUCGCUCCCAAAGAUAUUAUGCUUGACCACGUACUCAGAAUAUUCGAGAUCUACACCUUCCCCAGGUGUAUAGAACUCUUGGCCGAACAGUGCACGGCGGUUUGUGGGGUUCUGCUCCGCUAUAUUGCGGCGGUUCCCACUUCAUUGAGCCGCGCUGAAAAAGUAGUUUUGGUCAUCUGUCAACACAACUUGUUCUUCAGAUAUUUCUUAAGUGAGAAUAGUUUAUUCGAAUGGAUGAAGAUCCUAGCGAGACCACACGACGAGAACGAAUGCUCUCGCUGUUUCUAUCUGUCAUCGGUAGAGCAUCAAAUUCUCCGGAAGCUUGCGACUGUCGCCGAGAGUGGUUUCGGCUCUGGAGAGCUGGCCAGAGCCCUCGUGGGCGAUUCGACCUCGGACGCUAGCAAAGAACAAACUGCCCUCUCCGUCGGUUUUAUCGUGCGCCAACCAAAUACUUUGUUCAACUUGCUCUUCCACUGCCGCGCGUUAGAUAAGUUGUUCGACAUUAUCGAGACUCACGCACAAGAGCUUUCUAAACACACGGGUGAUUCCUCUAAUGAGGACUCCAAAAGCCAAUCUACGACGCAUAGCGAGCGCUUCAAGACAGCCGUACAAUCGCUGAAAGAAAUUGGUAGGACUUGCAAUUUCCUGCUUGAAGAGGUCAGACAACAGAGUCCGGAUAUCGUUUGUCGGGACAUACGAGAGCAGCUCUCAAACGGGACGGAAGACGGGGUCACUAUCGAACUGGACAACGGAAUUUCGCUGCUCGCGAGCAAGAAGCUAUUGAUUGAAAAAUCGGUCUACUUUGAAGCAAUGCUGCGAUCUGAUUGUUUCGUCGAAGGCAGAUCAAGUUUCGUGAGACUUCCAGGAGUCGACGAAACUCCGCUCCGGAUGGUUCUCCAUUGUUUGUCCUGUAAAAAACGAUGCUGCGGAAGUGUCCCAGUAUUGGAGACAGCGGUAGAUUGUUUACAAUUGGUCGAGCGACUGAUGUUGACCAGUCUCGCCGAGAUCAUGCUGGACACCGUCAUGGCGCUGAUGGAGUCACCGAAGGAUCUCGUGGUUGUCUACCCGAAGAUUGCCGGAUUCUUAGGGGUGAAAGCUCUGCGAGAACGCUGCGUGAAACUACUCUUGUCCAGAGAAUUCAAGUCCGUGGAGUCAUCGGUGGACGCUCUGAAAGAAAUUCUCAAAACCUCAGUGGCGGGAGAUCUCGUGGAAGACAUCCGAAUCACUAUCAAGACCUCGUUAUGCCAAAUGUCCCAAAAGGUUUCGUGAAUAAUCUCGGCUUACAGUCGGCAUUCGAGAGAAGAUUCAAAUCCAGAUCCCAAUGCGUUCCAGUCACUCGACACUUGACUGGCCGGAGUCUGACUCCGCUCUCGGAGUCAGAAAAAACAUCUGGCACAUCCGAUUCUCACGAGACACGAGGAGAAUAUUGAUUAUGAUACGUGGAGAAUCUCUCUCGCUCCUGAAUGAGAGAGCGAUUGCAAACACCCAUGAAAUCUGUGAAACUAGGCACCUCGCAUGAGAUACGACGGUGAAGAUGGAGUACUAAAAAUUGUAAUUGACUCGGCGGUAAUAAAUAAAGCGUCUGGUAAGGAGCUCGUCGGGAGGGCUUUCGGAGCUCCCGCUCUCAGAAGCGAUUGCGGCUUUCUUCCAUGAGGUGCCCGCGUCGGAGCGCCAGGGCCUGUAUGAUACUGUAAUAUU